AUGACUCGCUGGUUCAACGACGUUUUUCAAUUCCACAAUCCCUGGCGUCACAGCAAAAGACGGAGUGCCAAGUAUCAUGAAAAGCCAUACGUUGGCAAAUACAAGAUCCUCUAUGACCUUGGCUACGGAUCCUCGGGCAUUGUCUAUAUGGCCAUGGACCCAAAGACGCAUCAUCGCUAUGCUAUCAAAGAAUUGAGUAAAUCUCGAAUCCAUCUACAAAGCCGAUCGUUGGAUUUAUUCUAUCCCCAUCGAAAACUUGAAGCCACCGAACAGCCCUCCUUCCACCAGGAACGUUCGGCGCCAUGUAAACGUCGUCAAGUUUUCAAAGACAGCAGCUGUAAUGAGGCCGCAUUGAUGCAACAACUCCAUCACCCCAAUAUCGUUCGUCUGGUCGAAUGCAUCAAUGAACCUCAAAUAGACAAAUUUUAUCUAGUCAUGGAAAUGGUCUCCGGUGCCACGGUAAUGGAUAUCCAGCCUUUCACGGUUAUCAAAACGUAUGAUGACUCCAAUUGCCGAAUGAUAUUUCGCCAGCUCGUUGCUGCCGUAGAAUACUUGCACAGUCAAAACAUUCUGCAUGGAGAUAUCAAGCCGCAGAAUAUUCUUUUGACUAAGGAGCAUCAAGUAAAGCUCAUUGAUUUUGGCAGUGCCAUUUCACUUGAUACAAUGUCAUCCUCCUUCUUCAAAGGCAACUAUACCGGAACACCGGCGUUCAUGGCCCCCGAACUUUUACGUAAAGGAAAGCAUGAUCCCGAUACGUCCAUUGAUAUUUGGUCCUUGGGUAUCACUCUUUUCUGCCUGCAUGAAGGAUACUUACCCUUUGAAAGUCCCAACAUACUUCAGUUAUACGAGAAGAUUCGGAGCUCGCGCGCGCCUCGUCUGACCAAGGAAAGUCCUGAAUUGCAAGAUUUAUUGGAUGGUCUGUUGUGCAAUGAUCCUGAAAAGCGUCUGACAAUGCCCGAAAUCAAAAACCAUCCAUGGUAUCUUCGUGACACCUGA